UUAAUUGUCCUUGCAGGAGUUCAACAUGAGCACACACAAGUUCAACAUCAGCAUACAUGAGUCCUGAUCAAGCCUCUGCAAAAAGUCACCAUUGAUGAUAUUGCUUCUAUAUGUACAUCACUCUCAUUGACACAUCAAUCAUCACCAGAAAAUAAAAAGCUUCUCCUUUAAUUACUCUCAACGUUCAUGUCAAACUCCCUAGAGUUUCCUAUUCAUUUCCAUGGUUUGAUCAUACAUAGUGAUGGACGAUGGGUAAGAUCAUUCCCAAAUGAUACAAUCCCAGCUGGAACUAAUACUUUAACUGGAGUCCAAUCAAAAGACGUGGUUAUCUCACACGAAUCCAACGUUUUUGUAAGGCUUUACAUUCCCAAAACACCAAUCCCUACUCGGAAACUUCCAACUCUGAUUUACUAUCACGGUGGUGCUUUCAUGACUGAAUCUGCUGCUUCACCCACUUACCACCGGACACUUAACUUGAUAACGACAGAAUCCAACGUGAUUGUCGUGUCUGUAAACUACAGGUUGGCUCCAGAAUAUCCUUUACCAAUUGCAUACGAGGAUUCAUGGGAGGCAAUUAAGUGGGUGGCUAGUCAUGUUGGAGGAAAUGGUCCAGAAACAUGGUUAAACGACCAUGCUGAUCUUCAGAAUGUGUUCUUAGCUGGAGAUAGUGCUGGGGCUAACAUCGCCCACAAUAUGGCUAUCCGGGUCGGGUUGAGCCAUGAGAAAGUUUUUAACGUAAGUGGUGUUAUUAUGCUCCACCCGUAUUUUGGGGGUAAAGAUCCAGUUGGAGCUGAGGCCAAGAGAUUUAAACUGCACAAAGAGUUCAUAGAUAUGAUGUGGUUGUUGGCAAACCCAUCUGGGAAUGGGUUAGAUGACCCGCUGUUUAAUCCGGGCAUGGACCCGAAUAUUUCUGCUUUUGGAAGCUCCAAGAUACUUGUGUGUGUUGCUGAGAAGGAUGCACUGAGGGAAAGGGGUCUGAAUUAUAAGAAGGUGAUGGAGAGGAGUGGGUGGAAAGGCAAAGUAGAGUUGAUGGAGAGCAAAGGGGAGCUGCAUAUCUUCUUUUUGUUUAAUACUUCAUGUGAAAAUUCUUGUUUAUUACGCAAUAGAAUUUGUAACUUUAUGAAUCCGAUCCGAUGCAAAGCUUGAUGAUAUGUGUUAGUUAUUGGCAAGCAGUUAUUUGCCAUGCUUUGCUCGAAUAACUAUGAAUAAACUAUGUAAUAUUAACAUUCAUUAUCUCGUGUAAUAGUGACAAAACAGAGUGGAAUCGAUCUAUAACAUAUGUUUUGAUGUUAAUGUAACUUUGGGGUUUGG